AUGAAUGAUGACUUCUUACAUUACCCAACACAACAUUCUAUGAUCGUGAUUGUUUGUGUUCUCUGAUCGCUCCGUUUUGUCAAGUUUCAUCAUCCGCAUCAUCCGUUUUCCGGGAUUUCGUUUGCGAUCGCAGUUGAAUUAUGGCAUCAAUCAUUGGACCGGCGGUAUUGCGAUUUAGCCGUGUGACGGUCGAUAAUUUGUAUCAAAUAAAUAAAAGUGGCCUGCGCAGAUUGCCACGUGUAUCUACUGCAUUUUCCUGGCAAAGGCAACAUUUUAGUACAAUAACAGAAGAGAAGAAGCCAAAUGCCACCGAUGUACCUUCCAUGUCAGAGCCUACUGAAAAUGAAAAGAAAUUAAAAACCGAACUAGAGCUUAUUAAUAAAGAGCUUGUCGAGCUUAAGGAAUCAAAAGAGACACUGGAAGAUAAAUAUAAAAGAGCAUUGGCAGAGGGAGAAAAUAUCAGAGUUAGACUUACCAAACAGAUUAAUGAUGCCAAGCUUUUCGGUAUUCAAGGUUUCUGCAAGGAUCUCUUGGAUGUAGCUGACGUAUUAGGAAAAGCUACUGAGAGUGUACCGAAGGAUGAAAUAACAGAGCAGAAUCCACAUUUAAAAAAUUUAUAUGAGGGCUUGGUCAUGACAGAAGCUCAAUUACAUAAAGUUUUCAAGAAGCACGGCUUAGUUUCAUUGAAUCCAGUAAAUAAAAAGUUUGAUCCUAACGAGCACGAAGCAUUAUUUCAGCAAGAAGUUGAGGGCAAGGAGCCUGGAACAAUUGUAGUUGUAUCAAAAAUAGGAUACAAAUUGCACGAGAGAAUAGUGAGACCAGCAUUAGUAGGUGUUGCUAAGGGAUAAUUAAUGUAAAGCGUCAACCACUUUCUAAAGUGUGCGCAUGGAUAUGUACAUCUCGCACAGUGCGAUCAUCUGCGAUUUCUACGAAAAGGGACUUGAAAAGCAAAUAAUACGCGAAUUGUUUUCGGUAUCUCGGUAGGAUAAUUAAAAAAUAAAACGUUUACGUCGCGUAAAGCGAGACGUUGCAAUGUCUUACAUAUUUCUUGUAUAUUAGUUCACAAGUUUCUACUCUAGAUCGCUGAAAUCCCUAUAGAAUUCAUAUAAUAAAUGCCGUCUUUUUAGUGUCAGAUAAAAUAUGAUCUAUUGAAUUUCUUGCACGGAUGAACGUUUUGUACAUAUAUUUUUACUGUAUGCAUUAGAUUGCAUUCGCUUUGGCGCUUAUUGUGCUUUAACCAUCAUUUUAUCCUUGUUGUUCCAUUAAAUAAAAGAUAAAUAACGCUGUGAGCGCCAAAGUUACACGUAACUAUAGAAAUCCGUGAUAUUAGUUAAACAUCCAUGAGAAUCUUGAGAAACGACGAUCGCUUUGCGGACGAUUACGCGCCCUACGAGGCUAAAAACAAACGGGCGAGAGGAACAAUACAUGGGAACUUGAUCCAUGAAGGCAGACUGCUUAUUUACGGAUCAGUGAUCAUGAUUCAGCGGCAGCAUCCGCGAUUUACCUAUACGACAAACUUUCACUAUUCUCAUCUCAUUAUGCCAGCGGAUAGUCAUGCAAACAAAUUCUCUCAGAGCUAUGCUUGAUCGCUCUUGAAAAGACGCGUAUGCUUCGGGUCUUUUUCGAGAAGUUUUGUAAAAUAUUAUUCUAACUUCUGAUUUGGUCAGUUUUAAAUGGAACCUGAUGAUAAUAACAACAAUAGCAAUACGUAUAAUAAAAUAAUAAUGUAUGCAUAUGUAUUAACAGAAAGGCAGUACAGGCUAUUAAUAAAAAAUGUAUAUUGUUUAUUACAUCUGCUUACGAGAUUCAGGUAACAGUAAAAAGUGACAUCAUCUUAUGAAUAAGGAUGGGAUCAAGUACAUUCUAGGUAGUACUGAUAACAUCUACAGCACGUUCGAAUUUUUUACUGCCACUUGGAAACAUAAGUCUCUGCGUACAAUGAAGAAUAUUAGAUAUCAUGAAUUAGAAUUUUAAAAUCAAUUUUCUCAAUAAACAAUAACUAAUAUUCUUCCAUUGUGCGUAGAGCUUAAUAGUUUUUAAUCGUAAUCGAAACUUUCCGCUCGAACUUAUGAGUAUAACAGUACAGUAGAAUAGUCUCGCAAUACAAUAGAACCUUUGCAAAUCAUGUUUCACAUGCAUUUUGUAUGUUGUUUACAUUUUUAUUAAUCUUACUUUCUAUCUUUUCAUUGACGUAAAUGAUGAAAUUUUUGAUGAAAAUAUUGAUGUAAAGAUGAAUUUUUCUGUUUUUGUGAAAAAGUUCUGUAGAAGAUAUAUGGUUUCUUUGACUUUGCGGCUACAUUAUUAUAUAUGUGAAACAAUGAGAUAUUGCAGAGUUAGAAAGUUAAUUAAAUAUCAUUGAGAGUUGCUCGAUUUUUUUUUCUUAAUCUUU